AUGUACUCAUUUGGGGUUAUAAAUUAUAAAAAUAGCGAUAUAAAACGGAUCGAUGUUAAGACGCGUAAGUUGCUAGCAAUCAAGAAAGCUCACCAGCAAAAGGCGGAUGUGGACAGAAUCUAUUUACCCAUAGCAAUGGGUGGCAGGGGAUUAAUUAAUUUAGAAAAUUUGUAUAAAGCUCAUAUUUUGAAAUAUAAACAAUAUUUAGAACAUAAAAAUGAUUACCUAAUAGAAGCAAUAGCACAACACGAUCAGAACAGAAGAAAAUAUUCAAUUUACAAAGAAGCAGAAGAAAUAGAAAAAGAACUGAGGUUAGCGCCGGGCAAAGAUCAUACCAAAAUAGAAAUUAAAAAUAGCAUAAUAAAGAAGCAGAAUGAAGCCUGGCGAAACAAGAACCUGCAUGGGCAAUUCCCUAAAAAGGUCCUCGACCUUGCCAAUGUGGAUAAAGAGCUUACCUUUAAAUGGCUGAAGAAACAACCUAUUUCGCCAACAUUGGAAUCGUCUCUAUUUGCUAUACAAGAUCAGGCAGUGCUAACGCGCCAGCACGAACGCGACAUAUUGAAGAGAAAUAUAGAUGGCAAA